GCACUGCUAGCUGCCAAAACCAACUUCCUCCAUGACAAGUGGGUGAGAAGGGGGAGAGAGCAGGAGAGAGAGACACUUAAAGCGGAGAGAAGAGAAUAGCUGGAGAAAAAACACCUUGCCUUUUGAGUGGAAGGGAAAUCUUUAUCCCCUUCUUUUUUAUCCCACUGGCCCCAGCUAUUGUGGAACGUCCAUGUCAAAGCAGACCGCAUUAUAGUGCAAAGAGCUCUUUUUGUUCUCCUUUAUACCGGCUCCGAUACUCCUUCAUACCUUUCACCGGUAUAGUGAGUACCCAAACAGUUUGGGCUGAGUCCUUCUGUGUAUUGAUAAGCAUACACAGUGGACAACAUUCCAGCAGCUACUGAAAGUUUUAUACGCCUCUUGUGGGAUAGUUGGCUUGGCGAGGAACACCAGGAACUUUACCUAAGUAAGACAGGAGGGGGUGUGUCCUGUCAUCAAGCUUGUGGUACGUUACUUCUUUCUUCAUCAUCGUUAUUUGCUGUUCCAGUCUACUGCCCGAGUAUGAAGGAUUGUUGAGGGGACCCAUUGGAAACAGUCAAAAUGCAGACUAUGGCAUCAUAAAGUAAAGCUCUGUCUAGUACCAGACAGACUCUCAUGGAAUUUGUGCCAUUUUGGCUAUUUCUAGGACAACUGAGCUGCUGAGAACUUAGAUCUGAGGAGUAAUACCAUAACAAUGCCUAUGAGUUUUGUAAUGACAUUGUAUCUAUCCGAGGCCUUCAAGUAAUAGAGACACUACAAGGCAAACCUGACGGUGAUUCACAGUCUGCUAUGUGGACAUAUGGAAAGAUAACACCAAGAGAGCAAACACCACCAAGGAUAUGUUGGAAAGAUACCCACCACAUUUAUGCCAACUGUGACCAUAGGGAUGUAGCUCACGUACACUACGGUGGAAUUUCCUCUCCAUUGUAGCUCCUCGCACACAUGGUUUAAGUUUCCCCCAAAGUAAAAAUUCUCAGGCACUCUGCCUUUGGUUCUGAAACCAGAACGACCAAGCUCAAGUUCCACCCAGUUAGCAAUAGCAAGUGGGAGUGUCUCUUUUCAGUUGUAUUUAUCAUCGAGCGGCGUGAGAAUACCCCGUCGUCACAAGACCGAAGUCCUUCAUUAUUCGCAGCCUAGGGAUCAACGAUAGAACCUCAAAGAUUAUAGUUCAGCCAAACCGAUCCAGGAUUUUGGAUUUGUGGACAUUGGUUUUGGUGGGCACUGCUUAUGACUCGUUUUCCUGCAUGCAAAUGUGUCUAUGAAAUUCAUGUUGGAGGAAAUUUAUAAAUCAUUGUGGAAAAUUGGAUCCAUGUUUGGAGUCCAACAAAGAUUUUAGUUGAGGAAAUCUUUUGAAUUGGUUUAAGAUGCAAUGUUCCUGUCCUGUCGUGAGAAGAUAGAAACGGACUUACUCCUGCCAUGCAAGUGUUUGCCUGUCUGGAAGAUGGCAUCCUAUAAAAAUGUUCGUUUUCUGAAACGACUUCGCAUGCGCUACAUUGCUGAAAUUGAGGCUGCAGAUACAUGCCAAUGGCUCAGAGCAACAGGAUUCCCACAGUAUGCACAAAUGUUUGAAGAAGGACGGUACCCAAUAGACUUGGAGCUAGUGCAGAAAGACCAUGAUUUUUUGGACCAGGAUUUGCUAGAUUCAGUAACGAGGAGACUAAAGAUCCUGAAUAAAUGUGCCAGCAUGAAAAUAGAAGCGCCAAUACACAGAUCUUGUGACGAAUCAGAAGAUGAGGACCAGUGUGCGAUCAGUAUCAAGUGGAAAUACAUGCGCAGCAGCCGACGAUGGUCGCGACGAAUGACCGGCGAGGAGUUCCCCGAACUUGAACUAUCAACGUCGCCCCUCGUAGACUCGACUACAACGCACAUACACACGCACUCGCGGCUGAACAGCAGUCACGAAAGUGUCACGACGACAGACAGUGAGCGAAACGAAGGGUACACAAGCACAAGCAGCUUUGAGAGUCCAGCUGUCGUCAAGAAAUUGUACGUGAAGCGCUCUACGGACAUAGCCUCGUCGCCAUCGAGUCAGAGCUUGCCUGUUUCUAAUAGCGGAUAUAAGACGUCCACACCUGUCGGAUCUGAUGGGAACAUGAAUGGGCCACGGAGUGCUAUUAUUCAGAUCUCGUCUCCAAUUUCAGUACGGAAAGAUGCAGCAUCUGAUCUUAAUGGACUACACAGUAGCAGGGACCACAUGAAGGGGGCCAAGAGUUUUUUGAAGCGGUUGGACAGCCUCAAGGGGAGGAGGGGGCCCAGGGGCGGUAGUCACAGGCGGAAGCACAAGUCGGGAGGGGACACGCUGGAAAUAAGUGGACCCAUCGUGCAGGACAAUGGCACUCUGCAGCGUAAGAUUGAGUUGUUUAAUUGUGUUGACUUGCAGACAGCAAAGGCCAGGUCCUACAGGUAUCCGGCUAACUCACUGGUGACUCCGCCCGCUAAGAGGCGGAGAAACCCUAAUGGAAGGUCGAACAAUACCUCAAAGAGGAUGGGAAGGGUGUUCUCGGAGCCCAGUUCGCCCACGUUGCAUAGGAAAUUCAGUCUUGAUGUCUCCGAAGACCUAGAAAAUGCUUUGUCUAAGAAAAUCAACAAUAACAAUGAAAGCAAGAGUUGUGAGGACGUGUUUAUGAGUGACAUGGACGAUGUGAGCAUGGACAUUAGAGACAAUCGCAUCCCCUCGGAGAGGAGUUCAAACGUUACGGGUACGACGGGUCGCAGCUUAUUGAGUAGUAGUAGCAAUGAUUCUUGGCAAGGACAGUAUGAAGGCGAGUCUGAUGACUGGCCCUCGCAAAGACUUAUCACAUCGCCGCUCAACAGCUUGGAAGAUGAUGAGCACACUCCACACCGGCUACGUAGCCCGAGCAUGUACGACAACAUGCCCCCGGCACUUCACUCUAGCCUGGAUAACCUACCCAAUGCUGAGAUCGAAGUGGCCGAAACGGAACUCAUGCGGCAAAUCUACAACCUCAAGAACAUCGGGCACUUGAAUGACCCACUUGCGUUUGCACCAUCGACGAGACGAAGCGUGAGCGUCUCCACGUGCGAGGACAUCAGCGGCUCACAUGUCUCGCUCAACAGAACAAACAAUAACCUCAAUCAAGAUGUGGAAACUGAGAAACUAGACAUCUUGACAAACAUUAGUAAGAUACUCAUGAAGGAGAAACAGCUUGUGGAACCUAAAGGAGGAGCAUGCGUGUUGGCUCCAAAGCCGGUUGUCAAGAGGGAUCGCAGCAACAGUCUACCCAACGCUGGACCGGAGGGUAUCAGGGAGAGCAUGCUUAGCAACGAGGUCGAUCUGGAGCUGGAAGCAGAGGUCAUGGGACUGAGCUCAGAGCUGGAGAGACUGCUGACAGGGAUUAACGAGAGCAUUCAUGAAUUGGAAGAGAACAUCAAGAAAGCAGAAACAGGUGACAGCAGUGCCUCUACAGCGUCCUCACAGAUCUCCUCCCCGGUCACCUCCCCGGUCAACUCCCCGGUCAACUCGCAGGUGUCCUCACCCUACGGCUCGCCCCUCCCCUCCCCGAUCACCACGCCCGACUUCAACCACAACAAGCGGGAGGUAGAGCACCAGGACGACACGGGCGUCGGCCUCUCCACCGGGCAGGACACCACCAGCGAGCACGACACGCCGGCAUCGAAUGAGGAGGAAGACGAGGAGGAGGAGGAACAGAGGACCAAGUCACAGGAGACGACAAUCAACGUCAAGACCGGUAGCGGGAAGUCGCCCUGGAAGGAGAGGAGAGACUCCGGUGUGGGGAACUCGCUGACGAGACCCAACAGUGCCAGGAGACCAAGAAUAAGAUGGCACAGUUUCCAGAAGUCUCAUCGACCAAGUCUAAAUUCCAGACCUUUCCAAGUGAGCAGUUUAUCGGUCGGCCAGCUGAUGAUCCUUCGCAAGCUUUCGCUCCUCAAAUUGACCGCAGUGAUGGAGCGUUACUCGGUCUCACAUCGGAGUGGGUGGACAUGGAUGGUGCCACGUUUCAUGAAGCGGACCAAGACGGCGGACAUCAAGGACCGGUUGGUGUUUGGUGUACCCCUCCUCUACCACCUCCAGAAGACCGGUCAGCCCCUCCCCCAGACCAUCCUCUACGCCAUGCGCUACCUGAGACGCCAGGCCGGCGAGGCCGUGGGGCUCUUCCGCAAGCCCGGGGUCCGGUCCCGCAUCCAGGCGUUGAAGAAGAUGAACGAGGCUAACCCUGACACACUAAGCUACGACGGCAUGAUGGCCUAUGACGUUGCCGAUAUGUUGAAACAGUACUUCCGAGAACUACCAGAACCUCUGCUUACACCAAAACUUUCAGAGACCUUCAUCAGCCUCUUUACCUCAUCCGUUCCCAAGGAGCUGCGUGUCCCGGUGAUGCAGGCAGCCAUCCUCCUCAUGCCGGACGAGAACCGAGAGGUCCUCCAGUCGCUCCUGCUAUUCCUGAGUGACAUAGCUAGCCAAGCAGACGUGAACCAGAUGACUGCGUACAACCUAGCCGUCUGCUUUGCACCCUCGCUGUUCCAGCUGAACUCGGGAGAGAGCAUGCGCAACCCCAAGAGUCCGCAUCAGAGGCGCAAGAUGGCAGGCAAGCCCGACCAGAAGGAACUGAUCGAGAACGUAGCUGCCAACGAGUGCCUGGCGCUCAUGAUCAGAGAGUGCAAGAAGCUCUUCAUGGUACCGGAGGACUUGCUGGCCAAGUGCCAUUUCUCGUACAUGGAUCUUGGUGAACCAGUCACACUAGAAGAGCUAGGGAGGAAGAGGAAUGAUGAGAGCGGGGACUACAAGAGCUAUCUGGAGAGCUGCAUCCAAGGACUUCUUAAGGAGUCGAGAGAGAAGUUCAAGGGUUGGGUUUCCUGUCCACCGGUAGACAAGGUGGAAGUGGCGUAUAAGAAGGUCGGCGACGGCCAUCCGCUACGCCUCUGGAAGUGCACCACCGAGAUCAAGGCCCCACCCUCUGUCAUCCUUCAGAGGGUCCUCAGAGAAAGGCAAUACUGGGAUGAAGACCUGCUGAAGUGGCGAUCUGUUGAGAAGAUAGACAACCAGACUGAGGUCUUUGAGUAUGUUGUCAACUCUAUGGCACCACAUCCUACCAGGAGCUACACUGUCUUGAGGUCAUGGAGGACCAACCUUCAGAAGGGAGCCUGUGUCCUGGUGUCCACGUCCAUCGAGCAUCCAGACUCCUCCUUAGUGGGUAGCGUCAGGGGUACUGAGCUUGCCUCCCGCUUCCUCAUCGAGCCUUGCGGAUCGGGCAAGUCUCGAUUGACACACAUCAGCAGAGUGGACACCAAGGGCCGCACCCUGGAGUGGUACAACAAAGCGUAUGGACACCUCCUGGCCCAGACGGUAGCCCACAUCCGCAACCUCUAUAUCCCUCCGGGGACAGGACCUGAAACCAAAGUCUGAAGGCCCAGCACCUGGGAUCAAAGUCUGAAGACCCAGCGCCCUGAAACCAAAGUCUUAAACUAUUGGGAAGGCGCCCUUGGCUGUUUGUUGUGUCUCCGGUGUGAAAUAAGCAGAGCUUGAUUGAUUUAUUCUCUGUGGUGCAGAAGAAAUGAGGGUUGGUUGUACAGCUCACGGCUCGAUGGACUCUGGUCGAGGAGACCAACUGUAGGGCUAAACUGGGAGGCUCAUCGAUAGCAGCAUGACACUAGCAACAGUAUCAUCAAGGCAGAGACAACUCUUGAUCAACAAUGUUUGCGACUCUGAUGUAAACAGUAUGAUCUAUUGAUCGCUUCAACAGUAGCGUUAUGAUCUUUGGGUGCAAACAAGCAAAGGGAGUGUAUCUGCUCCCUCCCCCUUUUUUAACAAAUAUUUACAUGAAAUCUUUUGUUGAGGUUUCGUGUACAUCUUUAUUUAGUUGAAUUUGGUACCAGUCUUUGUGACAUGUAGACAGACCUUGUCUUAGGAAAUAUACAAUCUUGAAUGAACUAAAACCCCUCCCUUACAGCUCUCCUAAUGAAGUACGACAUUAUUGUAUCAUCCUCAAUCAUUUUGGGGGGAGAACUAAAGUAUAAGAACACGUCGAUUGGUGACCACUUUACAUCGGUGAAAUCUUGUCUGUACUGUACUUUUUCACCAUCUGUAGAACCUC